UUUGGACAUUAGACGACAUUAAGAUUAUCUUGUUGAACAAUACGUUUUACAUUAAGUGCAAUUAGAAUUUCAUUUAAGUUGAUAUUAUAACUUUUAGUGUUAUAGCGUAAUACUAGUAUGUAUGAUACAAGCGAAUAGUUUAAUUCAAAUGUAGAAAGAUAUUUAUAUGACUAAUUUCUAAUAAAGGUUUGGCCAAAUAUGAGAAUGGUCAAUCAUUAAGUCAGUCACAGCGUUAUCGUGAUAUGUCAGUGUAAAUAUCAAUUAUAAUGUGUGAAUACUUUUACAUAUGUUGACGUAAAUAUCAUAUUUCUGUGAAAAAAGUAAAACUUGAGUAUUGGUCAGUUUAAUUAAAUUUGUUUAACAGAAGUCCAGACUGUAAAGGACAAGCUAAAAGUACCACUUGGUACAUGUAUACGUGUUAAGAUUGAUACUUUUUCACUUACAUGCUAAUUUGUUGUUUUACCAGAUCUAAUAGAUCAACAAUAAUAUACGGGUUUUCUGAGCGGUGCAAUUACUUGAUUAAAAAUAGGUCACAUUGGUGAUCAUGACCAUAAAAUUAGACUUGUUUGUGAUUUCGAGGAUGUAACCUAGUUCGACCAGUCAUGAAAGAAGCGCAUACGUAUCUGAUGCGACUCACUGACUUACAUCCUUCAGCUUAUCAAUACCAUAAUCAGUACGCAUUCAUACAGAUAUGUCAUGGGGUGGAGCUGUUUCUUAGAUUCUAAUUCAACAAAUCACAUGAUGUCAAAGAUUUUAAAUAAGAUCUAUAUCAAGAUCGUUUGGAAAUUUCAAGGAAAGUUCCUCUUAAAAAGUAUUCAUAUCAAAAAAUAUACCAACAUCGAUUUCGCUACUUGUGAGAAUAUUGUAAAUUAUUAUUGUAUUAUUAUUAUUAUGCCGCAUUUAUAUAACACUCUUUUCAUGUACAUGUACACGUUCAAAAGUGCUUCACAGUAAAAUUGCAAAAAUACAAACAAAUACGCAUACAAAAAUAAUGCAUUCCACAUUAACAAAAAUCAUAAAUGUAAAACAUAUAGAUUGAACAAGAUAAACAUGCAUACAUAUUUGAAAGUAUUUAAGUGACCCUAAGAUGAAAUAUUGUUCUACGCCGUUUUAUGAAAAAGAAGAAAAAUAAGCAUCAAUGUAUCAUUCAGUUAACAAAAUAUUGUACAAAGAAGUGGGUUUUAGCAGGUUUUUAAAGCAGCUAGCGUGUCAGCUUCACUGAUCUUGAUUGGAAGGGAGUUCCAAAGCUUUGGAGCAGUGCACGAAAAGCUACGAUUAACAUACAUAAUAGUUUUAGCUUUCGGCAUAACCAGUGACAGCGUGUCUUGUGAUCUUGGGUUUCUGACCGGUUUAUACACUUCUAUCAUGUACUUAAUUUAGGCAGGGGUGUGAUUGUGUAAAGCCUUAAAGGUUUAAGUCAGAACUUUGUACUGCACCCUGUAUUUCACUGGCUCCUUCAGAACUGGUGUUGCGACGGGGUGUCCUAGUGAUGACGCGAGUUGCCGUGUUUUGGACAUGGUGCAACGUUUUAAGUGUGCUGUUUGGAAUACCACUUAACAAGGCAUUACAGUAGCCUAACUAUGAAGUAACCAGGCUGUUGAUAAGGUUCUUUGUGACAUCACUAAUAAGAUACCGUCUGAAUUGACCUAUUGUGCGAAGUUGUACAUAUCCAGCCCGGCACACAGAGUAGACUUGUUGCUCCAUGUUCAUAUUGUUGUCAAGUACUGCACCAAGAUUCCUAACACAUUUUGUGGAUUUUAUCACAGAGUCACCAACCUUCAUAGAGACAUAUUCAAUGUACUUGGAGUUACGCUUAAAAGUGAAUAGCAUUACCUCCGUUUUAUCAGCAUUAUGCUUCAGCAUGUUGCAAUGCAUCCACGAGACAAUUUCAGCCAGACAGCUCCCAAUGCGGCAGAAAAACUCACUUCUAGCUACAGCCUCUAUCGGCUUAAAGGAUAGGUAUAAUUGAGAGUCAUCGGCGUAGAAAUGAUGAAGACCAUGACGUCUGCAUAUGGCACCAACGGGUUUAGUGUACAUGAUAUAGUUCUUUGGACCAAGCACUGAUCCCUGGGGCACACUGUAUUUCAUCAACAUAGGUGUCGACAACUCAACGUCAACGCACACAGUUUGAUAGCGGUCACUAAGAUAUGAUGACAUCCAUGCAAGUGCUUUGUCUGUGACUUCAAAAUGAUGUUCGAGUCGGUAUAACAGUGUUUGGUGGUCAGUCGUGUCGAAAACUGCAGACAGAUCGAGUAGCACGAGGACUGUUACGGAAUUUUGGUCGAGAUAUGUGGGGAUGUCAUUCUGUACCUUUAUCAAAGCCGACUCUGUUGAAUGAAACGUUCUGGAGAUUUUUAUAUGAUUUAUUUUACCUCUUCUGUCGUUGUAGGAGCCAAAUUAAUAAGACAGUUUGCUACUUCCUGGUGUUCCCGCAAGAAUAUUGAACCACUAUCACUUUGGUUGUGUGAAAUAAUGACAUUCCUAAUGUUUUCAAUUUUCCUGUUUUCAUUUUUCUUGUACACUUAAUGCGUAAGACAAUGAAUUACAAAAAAAGUCAUAUUUUAUUUUCAGAAAUAAUUCAAUUAAUAUCUCCAUGAACAUACAGGUAUACGCUGUACCGUAAUAAUACAAAAUAAUCUGGAAACUUCAUAGAAUAAUUUUUAAAAAAUUCAACUAAAAAGUCGUGACAACAUGAUACUGGAAUUUUUCACGUAGUGCACGUUGUACGGGCAAAGUGGGCAUAAUUUGGUGAAAAGUGGUGAUCAUAAAAAUCAUAAAAUAAGAAGAAAUAUGGUUUGUUUCUUUCGUGAACACCAUAAUCAUGUAUUGACUCGUGACCGCGCCACUUGUGAAAAUAUUUCAAAUAUUAUCAAUUUAGUGAAAUAUAUUUAGAUCUUACUCAGAAACAAUUGAGCAAAUGUAAUAUAAAAGGUAAGCAAAGAUUAAACAUUCCACUACAAAAGACUUAAUCACGGAUGUCUAUAGAAACGAAGUAUACGUCGAGCAGAAAUCUGAAAAAAUAGCGUUAAUUGAUAACGAAUAGGAUGAUCUUCAUGCAAAUACAAUUUACGACUCAAGCAUAUGCUGAAAAUAAAACUUUAACACGCAAUUCAUAUACAUGUUAAUUCUUAUACAUGAUAACACGGAUAUUACUUUGCACAUUCAUGCUAUAUAAUAACGAAAAUUGAUUUUUUUUAAUUACAGUCAAACCUGUCUAUAAAGACUACCCUUGGGGGAGCCAGAAUAUGGUCUUUAUUGUCUUUAUUUACAGGUUAAAACUGACUUUAGAGUCAGGUGGCCUCUGUUUUGGGGUGUCUGUAACACAGGUUUGACUGUAUAUAAUAAGGAUUAUUAACCUCGCAUUGUAAUAGAAUGUAAACGUUAAACAAUAUAGAAAUACGUCUCUUCUUUAGUGUUUGUGAUAAAAUCGAAGAAAGGUAUAUGAAUAUAAGAACAAUGUAUAUAAUAUCGUUCAACAGGAAAUUAUUACAGUUGUGUAGUACACCUUCACCAAUCAGGAAGCAAUGUUUUACUUACAUUGAAGCUUUUCAAUAGAUAUUAUAACAUAUUCGUAACUACAACAUAUAUUGAACUGUACAAAUAUGGGAGUACCUGGUUUUAUUUUUGGCGUUGUAUUAUUCAUACUUAUUCAAUUAAGUGCGGGUCAGCUUUCAUUAAAAGAAGAUUUAAAGACACUUAAGGAAUGUGAUAUUAACAAUAUUAACUUUAACUGUAGCAACAACGACGAAAUCAUCGCAGUGCAGUCUCUAGAAUUUUGGUAUACUCCUGAAUGCGAAACUGUAUGCUGUGAAUACAACAGCAGUCACACUAAACAAGAUCCAUCCUCAGAUGACAUUCAAAAUGUCCACCGAAUGUGCUCUGGUAAACAGUCGUGUUCUCUUAACUUGGAUGGUGAGCGUGAGUUUGGCUCUUUUGGUGGACAAAUACCAGUUUAUGUUCUCAUACAGUUUCACUGUAUCCCUAGAGCAAGAAGAACGUCUGUGUGCUCAAGUGACGUGGAGCUAAUGUCAAACGGACUUCCGUUGUACCUUACAAGCGAAAACUUCCCGGAAGUGGCAACUGGAGAUGGCACAUGCUCGUGUUUGUUCUCAUCAUGUUGGUCAAAUAUAAUUCUUUAUGUUAUUGAUGUAGACUUAAAUCUUGAUCCGGGAAAUUGUGAACAAAGUAUUCAAGUUAUGAACGGCACUAAUGCAGCUUUACACGAGAUGAACUGUGAAAGUUACUAUGACAGGAACGAUAUAACUGUAACUAACCUGAACUCUCGCUACUUCAAAACAAAUUCCAUUGACAAUUCAACACAGAUCCAAGAAGGUUAUUUUUUUCUUGGAUUUGCAGCUUCGGAUCAAAAUGCGAGCUUCAUCACCCUUACUUGUCAGGAUGAGUCAGCGUCCAGCAUGUGUAUUGAUUGUGGCAAUGUACCUCGGAUAGCAAAUGGUAUGGUGACACUAGUAGAUAAUCAGAAUACAAAGUACGGUGCCUUAGCAAAUGUAACGUGUUCGGAAGGAUUCGAAUCUGACAGCAACAACAUUACCUGUUUAGUUUCAGGUCAAUGGUCUCAAAUUUUGUGCACAUCUAAAGGUGAAAUACUGAUUUAGUUGAAACUGUCAUGAAUAUUCAACACAAAAUAUAUCAGCAAGCAAAAUAAAAUGAAAGCAGACUAGGUUGACUGAACCGGCUCUUGAGAGGGUUUUGGUUUUAAUUAAAGCUGUCAUGAAUGUUAAAAAAACUAUUGAUGGCAUGGGACAUACCCAAGCAAAUUAAUAGCAGGCUUUGUUGGUCAUAAGAGGUAAUGUAAUGUGCAAUCCCCACUUUUGUAGUACUUUAAGUCUACGUAGUUGUCGCUCUUACAAAACAUCUUUCAAAUUGUAUUUAUUCAAAAUUGCUCAAAGGGGCCUAACCAAUGAAUUGUUUAUACAUGAUUCCGAAAGGUCAGUGUACAACUUCUACUGUUACAAUGUAUGUGUUAUUAAGUAAUAUAUAUAUGGGGCGUUCCAUGAGAAAACCUGCAUUAGUGACAAAAAUUUCAAAAUUUAGAUAACAAAAUAUUCAUGAAGAACAUUCUUUUAUCUUUCAAAUCUGAAAAUUUGAUGUAAUUGUCUUCACUAUCUUAAGAGCUACAAUGUUUUUAAGUUAGCCACCGAGGGCAUUUUGAGACAUGACGUUAAGAACGUCAUGAAAGCAGUAUGACGUUGUUGUGCAUGGCGCGUAUUUUUCAAGUCAUUAAUGGAACAAAUUAUAAGUAACACUUACUUAGCAUCAUACAUUUAAAUAUUAAGCAACACUUUACAGCGAUUUUAAUAAAAAAUAACUUAACCGUAUAUUUUGGUUUCAUCACAGGCCAUUUAUCUAAGCACCUCUAUAUUUUCAUGACGCAUAGGUGCUUUGAAAUUUCCGUUGCCAUGACAACAGAAACAACAUUUAUAUGAAAAAGAUGGUAGAAUUUUGUUUGUCUCAGAUGACAGAUGCACACUACAUUAGUUUCUAGCAAAUGUUUUGUGUUCUGUAUAUUUUCAUUGUGCAUGCUAUAUAUUUUAACAUUUGUUACAACUACAUUUUUGAAAACAAUCGAUCUUGGCAGAAUGUUUAAUCCGUACAUACACGUUACCUUUACAAUAUAAACUUCCUGUAAUAAGAGUUUUGAGUUCAUUUGAUGGGUAUAUGACUAAGAUGUGUUGUCUUAAUAAUAGGAGAUUCAAAAGCGUAUUUCUCAGUAAAUGAUGUACAUGUAUUUAAAUUUUGCCAACAGUUAUAUACAUAUACAAAUAUGUGCAGUUUAUGUCCGCACGGAUUGAUAUAUGUAAGAUGUUGACAUUUGUAAAUUAGUAAAGCUGUGUUCUGUCCUCUCUUUUGAUUUCUUACUGCACGGCUGUAGAUUGUGGAAGCAUAGCAAGGCUUGAUAACGGACAAAUAACAUUAGCAUCCGAGAAUGUGACCAGUGUUGGAGCUAUCGCAAAUGUUGCAUGUGAUAUUGGAUAUUCAGGUUUUCAUAUCUACUGUUUUCUUUUGCUGUAUUUGCAUGUUCCGUCAAAUACUAUAUAUUUCAUUAAAAAAAAUAAAACUUGUAAUUGAGAACAUGACUAUAAAACAAAUUUAAAGUUGAAACACCCAGUUUUAUUUGCUUGUUCAUGUAAAUAAAGAUGGAAAUUUUCUCAUCUUC